UCUGCUCAUAAAAAAGGAACUGAUCCAGUGACUCAAGGAAAUGCCAGAGCUGACGCUGCUGCAAAGACAGCAGCUAUCGAGGGUCCUGUUUAUGUGAUGCCACUUCAAGCUUCUGGGACUGGUGAUGAUGAUGAUGAUGCUGGGAGUAAAACUCAGUGGCCGGACCUUAUUUAUGAUGACAAGGAAGUGGACACCUGGAAACAACAGUAUAAUGCUAAACAGAUAUCUGGAAUUUGGUAUUGCCACUUCAGCGACAAUAAAGGAAUCAUCCCCUGAGAAGACAGAAUCCUUUGAAACAGGCUUUGCUUCUACUGCCUUCAGUGAUCCAGAAUCUGCACCUGAUGGACCUUCUACUUCCUCAGAUGUUGUUGUGUGUGCUGUGAAGAACGAAUGCAGAGUGUGCAAGCAAGAAACCCGUCGAAGAGUAUCUGGAAUAGUGUGCUGUCAUAAUUGUUAUGUCUUUUAUAGAGAAGUUAUAAUAACAGCUCAAGUAAGGGGAAGUAUAACCAGUUAUCCUUGCCACACUUAUGGUAGAUGUGAGGAUUUGAAUUUAUUACGUGGGUGCAGAUCUUGUAGAUAUAAAAAAUGUGUUCAGGUUGGCUUACGAUUGAAACCUAGCACUCUUUUGUUUCAUCAAUAUAAAAUUAGGGGUGAUUAUGGUCCACCAUGCAGAAAGUGUUCUAAUCCUUCAUUCUAUGGCACUAUUGAUUCUCCUUGUUGUCCUCACUGCCAUUUCUCUAGUGCUGAGUUUUAGAAUUUAUAUAUGCUUGUAACUUUAGAUUAACUUAAAUCAAUGUUCCCUUAUUAAUAUAAGUUGUACCCAUUCACACUAUUAUGUUUGUAAAUUUUGCGCCUCAGUAGGGGAGUGCCCCCUCUGGAAUUUUGCGUCGCCCAUAGAGGACUACCCUCUAUGCAUUGAAUUGUAUCCAUCUUUUAGAUUGUUAGUGAUCCAAAGGACAAAUUUUAGUAUUUGUCUUUGGAUCAAAGGAGGGAUAAUGUGAGUGAGAUUUUCCCCGUCCCUUAGUUAUAAGAGAUUUACUAUAGUUUUAAGUGAUUUAAUUAAAAUAAUAAUCAA